UUUACAGGCGAAAUAUUGCCAAGUGACGUCAGCAAACUUACACUCAAUUCGAGUUCUCUAUUAGUUAAACUUACAAUUAAAUCAUCGCCGCUCACGCCCCCGGUUUUACAUCAUCGUAUUGUUUCUAAUUGUCAUCGUUAUCAUGGCAACGUUAACUCUGCCACUGAGAUUUAUAUCACUUCGUAGCAGACCGUCAAAAUUGUUAGCUCUUCACAAAUCACGAAUGAAUUACUUUCUGAUUGAUAAAAAAUUAACAGCUUGUUUCUGCUCUGAUAAAAGUUCGACUUACGAUUUGGUCGUUAUUGGAGGAGGUUCUGGUGGCUUAGCUGCUGCUAAAGAGGCUGUUGAACUUGGUGCUAAAGUUGCUGUACUCGACUUUGUUACUCCGUCACCGCAAGGUACAAAAUGGGGUCUGGGAGGAACCUGCGUCAAUGUCGGGUGCAUUCCCAAAAAGUUGAUGCACCAGGCAGCUUUGCUUGGAGAAGCUGUCCAUGAAGCUGUUGCUUAUGGAUGGCAACUGCCGGAUCCAAAUACAGUUCAAAAUGAUUGGUCUGCCCUGACAAAUGCUGUGCAAAGUCACGUCAAGUCUGUAAAUUGGGUUACACGUGUUGAACUCCGUAACAAGAAAGUUGAAUACCUCAAUGCUCUGGGUUAUUUUAAGGAUGCCAAUACCGUUGUUGGUGUUGGAAAAAAUGGAGAGGAAAAACUUCUCAGCGCUAAGAAUAUCAUUAUCGCGGUUGGUGGCAGGCCGAGAUACCCAGAUAUACCUGGUGCCUUAGAAUAUGGUAUAACCAGCGAUGAUAUUUUCAGUCUAGAUAGAGCACCUGGAAAAACUUUGAUUGUUGGUGCUGGAUACAUUGGCUUAGAGUGUGCCGGAUUUUUGAAUGGUCUUGGUUAUGAUACUACUAUUCUUGUACGGUCCGUUGUCUUGAGAGGAUUUGAUCAGCAGAUGGCAAACAUCGUGGCAGAAGAAAUGGAACAGCGUGGUGUUCAUUUUGUUUAUCAAGCCAAACCAAAGGCUAUCGAAAAGCAAGAUGAUGGACGUCUGCUCGUUCACUGGGUCGACCGUGAUGGCGCUCUCCACCAGGAUGCUUAUGACACCGUGCUAUUUGCCAUUGGUCGUCGUGCACUCACCCAAGAACUCAAACCUGAGAAUGUUGGUCUGAAACUGAUACCGGAUACUGGGAAAAUUGAUGCUCUCAACGAGCAAACCAACAUCCCUAAUAUCUAUGCUGUUGGCGAUGUACUUCAUAAAAAACCAGAACUCACCCCAGUCGCUAUUCACGCUGGACGACUUCUGGCUAGGAGAUUAUUUGGUGGUUCCCACGAGAAAAUGGACUACACGAAUGUUGCGACGACUGUUUUCAGCCCGCUAGAGUAUGGAUGUGUCGGACUUAGUGAAGAAGAUGCAAUUGCCUUGCAUGGGGAUGAUAAUAUAGAGGUUUACCAUGCCUAUUACAAACCUACUGAAUUCUUUGUACCGCAGAAGAAUGUUAAGCAUUGUUACGUGAAAGUUGUUGCUCUACGAAAGGAUGACCAAAAAGUUAUCGGAAUGCACUUUGUCGGCCCUCAUGCAGGUGAAGUAAUCCAGGGCUUCGCUGCAGCAAUAAAAUGCAAUUUGACUUUCCGAGCACUCAAGUCUACAGUUGGAAUCCACCCAACGACAGCUGAAGAAUUUACGAGAAUAAGCAUCACUAAGCGAUCGGGGCUGGACCCAACCCCCCAGAGCUGCUGCAGUUAAAGUUCAGGUUACAAAGACAAUUUGAUGACCAAUUUUUGAUAUUUAUGUCACUCAACGGCAACAUAAGGACAAGAUCCUUGACCAGUUCUUAGAUAGAUCACUUUUUUCUUACAUUUCUGGAACUCAGAUAAUUUGUACGUCGCACUCUAAAUUGUGCACCAAAGUCACUGAUGUAUCAUGUGUACUAAUAUGCUUUGCAGAAUUGUAUAAAGUUGUAACACAGUGAAUUUUGAUUAAAUAUAGUUUUUUUCAUGUCAUCAA